AUGACACCGCUGAUGAAGGCGGUGAUGACCUCCCUGUACUGCGCGGCUUACUCUGGCCAGCUGGACCUCGUGCGCCUGCUACUGGAGGCCGGCGCCGACCCCAACGUCACCGAGACGGAGAACGGGAAGACGCCGCUGAUGGAGGCGGCGUGGGAGGGCAAGGAGGCGGUGGUGCAGAUGCUGCUCUCACACGGCGCCGACGCCAACGCCGCGAACUCGUACGGAGAGACCUCCCUGCACCACGCGGCUCGCUCUGGCCAGCUGGACAUCGUGCGACUGCUACUGGAGGCCGGCGCAGACCCCAACGUCGCCGCGACGGAUAUCAGGGUGACGCCGCUGAUGUGGGCGGCGUGGGAGGGCGCGGAGGCGGUGGUGCGGAUGCUGCUCUCACACGGCGCCGACGCCAACGCCGCGAACUGUUGCGGACAGACCUCCCUGCGCCACGCGGCUCACUAUGGCCAGCUGGACACCAUGCUCCUGCUACUGGAGGCCGGUGCAGAUCCCAACGUCGCCGAGACGGAGAACGGGAAGACGCCGCUGAUGGAGGCGGCGCGGAAGGGCAAGGAGGCGGUGGUGCAGAUGCUGCUCUCACACGGCGCCGACGCCAACGCCGCGGACUCGUACGGAGAGACCUCCCUGCACCACGCGGCUCACUAUGGCCAGCUGCACAUCAUGCUCCUGCUACUGGAGGCCGGCGCAGAUCCCAACGUCGCCGAGACACAGAGCGGGAAGACGCCGCUGAUGAAGGUGAUGAGGGAGUGCGAGGAGGCGGCAGUGCAGAUGCUGCUAUCACACGGCGCCAACGCCAACGCCGCGGACUCGCACGGAGAGACCUCCCUGCACCACGCAGCUUACCUUGGCCAGCUGGACAUCGUGCGCCUGCUACUGGAGGCCGGCGCCGACCCCAACGUCGCCGAGACGGAAGAAAGGGGGAGUUUCACCGCGUUACACUACUCCUGUGAUCAACUUCAUACCGAGAUGAUUACUCUUCUCUUGAAACACGGAGCUGACCCGAACCUCGUCGAUUGUAACAAGAGGACGCCGCUCGCCAUAAUAGGCAGCCAGGCGGAGGUUAGAAGCAUCAGAAUGAAUGAGCGAGGAGUAGAGGCGGCAUCAGCUCUCCUACAGACGUGCGAGUCCGCCGGCGUACUUCUACAGGUUAACACGCGCGACAGCAAGGGCGACACCCCGCUGCACAGCUUCUGUAGGGUGAUGCUUGCAUGCAAAGGCGAUGUUUACGAGCGAGGGAGGGAGGGGUGCGUGCAGAUAGUGCACGCGCUGCUGUUCAACCACGGUGCACACGUCGACGUGGUAGACGCACAGGGACAGACGCCGUACGAACUCUGGCGCUGGAUUUACCCGACGCGUUUCCGCGGCAACGUGGAGUCGAGCGACGAGAUACAUGGCAGAAUGAGCGCGCAGUAUCAUUCGCUGAAGUGCCAUUGCGCGCGCGUUAUCGUCAGACACAGCGUUGCAUACGAGAACAGGCUGCCUCCGAGUCUCAUAGAAUUUGUCAGGGCACACGUUAGACCAAGGCAACGUAGGCGACACUAAGCGUGUUAACUGAGGAAACCCAUGUAGUAUCGGAGAUGCGAUAACCCAGAAGAUAUUAUUAAUACUUGGUAGAUCUAUGUUCUAAUUGUUGCACGUGUUGGCAGACGUUUCAUUGCAAUUUAAAAUCUAGUAUAUGUAGUAACACUAUUCAGUUUAUAUAGAAAUGUGUAGAUUAUCGGUAUGAUGCCUUGGUGAAUUGGCGCGAUUUAAUAACCACGAGUACAAAUGUUAAAAGUUUGCAAAUCAUUUUGCUCUGUAAAAAAACUCUAAAGGCUUAGUUGGGUUCUGAAUAUU